GUACCGGCCCGAAUGACAGUUGUAAACAAUUUCAUGACCAGCAACCGGAACAGAAAAGUCCUGACCUGAACCAACCACGCGGUUUGUGCGUAAAGCAACUGUGAUGUUUCGCGUUAAUAGUUUUUAACAUAACUUAAGUAAUUGUUUAGUUCGUAGUGAUAGUUUUAUUUACGCUGUGGAAUAAAUUGAUAAUAAAAGAUAUUAUGCCACGGAUUAAGAUUAGGCUAGAUCCACAAUUUAAAUAUUAUUGGUUUCCCAUUUGUAUAGCAGCAUGGACAAUCAUACAGUCCAUUGGGCAUGCGUGGUGGGUUUUCUACGGGCGUUUAUUACUCGCAUGCGAAGUGCAAGUGGAACGCAAGUUGGAAUUUUAUUUGUACAUGACUUAUGUUUACAAUGGUGAUGAAUGUGAUAAUCAGUCAUUAAACUCAUACGCGAUGCUUAAUUUUAUCCAGGACGAGAAUUCCAGUGAAGAUUUUUAUUUUACGCAGAAAUUAGGCAUUCCUCGCAUGUAUAAACGUGAUGGCACCAUGACUGAGUCCUUGAUGGAUCUGUAUCUUGCUUCGGAUGCGAUUUGGAUUGUUACAUCAGUUGCAUUAUUAGUUGGAAUUAUGAUGAGAUUGAAACAAGGAUCAGCAUUAGUUUUUUACCUUCCUUGGAUAUUAGUCACUUUCACUAUAGUCGCCAUGGAUUUAUUCAGUGCGCUUUAUUUUGCGUUAAAAUUACGACGUUCAGAAAUAAUCCAAACCGCUUUUAUAUGGAAACUAGACGAAAGUACAAUCAUGGCGAUUAUAUCAGGCAGGUUAGGAUUCAUCUGGGUGUUAAACCUCGCCAAUAUGGCGUACAUCAUAUGGUUCACGCGCCUAACCUACAAACAACGCUAUUCUGAUGAACGCAAACGUCGAAAUCCAAAAAUGCGUCGUCAGGAAACCGAAGAUCGCAUCAAAAACUGGCAGUUAUUCUACGGUGAAAUAGAAACCAAUGAAACUGUAGCAUCAGCCACGAAUUUCCACGCAACACAAAAAUGCAGCUUCAUAGACGACGUUGAUCUCAACUACUCAAGCACAUUCAAAGAAUUAGAAGAUUACAAUCACAAACGCAAAAAGUUUGAAGGAUCUACAUCCGAACAUGAAUUAUGCUCGACGUUUAAAUCCUCAUCAUCAAUACACAAUGAACCAUCCACGUCAACACAAGCCACACAAGGUGUAUCAGAAAGCACAAAAAAACGUGUUCAGAUUACUGAACUGGUUAGUCAUUUACCAUGGUCAUAUAUCAAUCCACGAGAUCCUAGAGAUAAUGAAGUGCAGGAGAAGGACUUGAGACCCAAACGCGUCGUGGUUUUGGAACCUGUCAAAAAUUUGACGAUUUGCAAUCCAGAGAACGAGCAAGUAUCGCGAUUCUAACAUGUCGAAAUUAUUUUUUAACUGAUAAGGAAUGAAUAAGUGCGAGUGAGUGUGUUUUAAUUACGAAACAUUUAAGAAUAUUGUAUUUUAACAAAAUGUGUAUGCCAUCGGUAUUGAUGCGCAUGUUGUGUGAUAAUAAAGAUCGGAUCGAUAACGUUCUUCAACUGA